AUGAACUUUGGCGGGAAUCCUACAGACCCAGCGCAUGUCCCCACGGUGAGCGAACAUCAAUAUCACGUUGAUGACACCCACAACGACGAGAAAAAUGCAACCGCGCAAGAUAUCGAGGAUAUGAAGCGGAUGGGCAAGAAGCAAUUGUUCAGGCGAAACUUCGGGUUCCUGUCGAUUUUUGGGUUCUCCAUGAUUCUUAUGAAUACGUGGCAGGCACUGCUAGGGACUAUUGCAUUCGGUCUUGGGAACGGAGGGACAGCAGGACUGAUCUACAUGUACGUCAUUGUGGUGGUAUUUUUCUCGUUGGUCAAUAUUUCCAUGGCUGAAAUGGCAUCAAUGGCGCCGACGGCAGGCGGUCAGUAUCACUGGAUAUCAGAAUUCGCUCCUCGAAGCCAGCAGAAGUUCCUGUCCUUUGUGGUCGGCUGGCUCUGUACAUUAGGAUGGCAAAGUGGCACAGCGAUCGGAUGUUUCCUGGCGGCAACCGAAAUUCAAGGUCUCAUUGUCUUGAACAACGACAAUUACGUCUACGAACGCUGGCAUGGGUCGCUUUUAACCAUUGCUGUGGUCUGUUUCGUUGCAUUCUUCAAUACAUUCUUGUCCAGGCACCUGCCUCUCGUCGAACGCUUGGUCCUCUGUCUACAUGUUGGUGGGUUCAUUUGCAUCGUGGUUCCGCUCUGGGUUCUGGGUCCUCGCGGUAACUCGCAUGAGAUUUGGACGGUUUUCGCGGACGGUGGUGGUUGGGGUUCAACUGGACUUGCUACUCUAGUCGGCUUGAUCACACCAGUGACUGCCUUUCUCGGGGCCGAUGCUGCCGUUCAUAUGGCCGAAGAGCUGAAGAAUGCUUCCAAGACACUUCCCAGAGUUAUGGUCUGGACAUCUGUUGUCAAUGGUGCCCUUGGUUUUGUCAUGCUCAUCACCUUCUGCUACACUUUGGGUGACUUGGAAAGUGUUCUCUCCACCCCAACAGGCUACCCCUUUAUUCAGGUCUUCUACAACGUCACGGGAUCAAAAGGGGGCGCCACAGCGAUGUCCUGCAUCCUCGUGCUGUCCGCGACCGCCAACGGAAUGACGAACAUGGCUACAGCCUCACGCCAGCUGUUUGCAUUUGCUCGUGAUAAAGGACUUCCUUUCCAUGAAUGGUUCGCAUACGUGGAUCGUCGUUGGGAAAUCCCCGUGAAUGCCGUCUUCUUCACAAUCUCCACCUCGACACUCUUUUCGCUCAUCAACAUCGGCUCGACAGUUGCUUUCAACCAAAUCCUAUCACUAGGACUCGCGGCACUGCUGUCUUCAUACCUGAUCUCGAUAUGUUGCGUCGCCCUCCGUCGAGUAAGGGGUCAGCGUCUGCUCGACCGCUCCUUUGACCUUGGUCGACUCGGGCUUCUCAUCAACGGCGGCGCUAUCGCCUUCCUACUCUUGGCCCUCGUCAUGAGUUUCUUCCCUGGGGCACCUCAUCCCACGAUCACGACAAUGAAUUGGUCAUGUUUGGCGUACGGUGGAGUGCUCAUUAUUGGUGGGAUCUACUACGCCUUUUGGGCCCGACAUCAUUAUAUUGGACCUGUGGAGUAUGUGAGGAAAAGCGCGUAG